AUGGAUAUAUCGAGUUUGGCAGCACGUGCCUCGACUGUCAUGUCGGGAAAACGAAACGAUGAUGGUUUAGCAGAUCGACUUAACUAUCGUUAUACAGUUGGAAUACUUGUAGUUUUUGCCAUUAUAAAUAUGAAUCGAAUGUAUGUUGAUCAAAUUAAAUGCUGGGUUCCGGCAUAUUUUACUCCAAAUUAUGAAGAAUAUGUCAGAAGUGUAUGUUUUGUACAAAAUACGUAUUAUAUUAAACCUACCGAAAAAGUUCCUAAAUCACUUGAAGUCAAACGUCAAAAUGAAAUAUUGUACUAUCAAUGGAUUCCAUUUUUACUCUUAGUCAAAGCGUUUCUAUUCUAUUUACCACGCAUAUCAUGGCGUUUUCGUAUGGGUAUUCAAAUAGCGGAUUUGAUCGAAUCUGCUUUUGACUAUAAAUUACCUACAACAAACGCUGUACAUCGUAAAAUGUGUCUCGAUUAUAUGGUAGAUACCAUCGAUGAAUAUGUCGACGAUCAUAGACGUCAAAAGCAUUCACAUGAUAAUAUAAACAUGUUUACUCGAUUCUUUUCCACUAUUUGUUGUACCACUGGUCGAUACUUGGGAAAUUAUCUUGUUGUGCUCUACAUAACCACGAAAUUAAUGUAUAUUUUUAUAUCUCUAUUUCAAAUAUUCAUUCUUAGUACAAUGUUAGGAUCAAAUUUUUUAUUUUUUGGUAUAGAAGUACUUGACAGACUAUUUCGAGGUAUUAACUGGGAUUCGGAAUCACGUUUGUUUCCGAAGACAACAAUGUGUGAUUUUACUAUUCGUGAAUUUGGUCAUCCAAAACUUGCUCAUGAGUACACAGUUCCAUGUGUUCUACCAUUAAAUUUAUUUAAUCAGCAAAUGUUUACAUUUUUAUAUUUUUGGUAUGCACUAAUUAUCCAAUUGAAUAUGUAUGAUUUUUUUCUAUGGAUAUACACGAUUCAUCCUUCAAAUCGACGCCAUUUUAUUUUUAAACAUCUUAAAUCUAAAAAAUAUGCAGCAGUCUUUGAAGCAACAACAAAUGAUCAAAUGAAAGCAUUUGUUGAUGAUUAUCUAAAAGCUGAUGGUGUCUUCAUAUUGAUAAUAAUAUCUGAAAAUAGUUCUGAUUUUGUUACAUCCGAAAUAAUUCAACAAUUAUGGAUGCGAAAAUUUAUUGUUAAAUAUUAUCGAGAUACAAAAGAGUUGAUUUAUGCUGAUAUUCAACUGACAAAUAAUAAUAACAAUCAUUCAAGUGUCAAACGUCAUCUUUGUGGAGUAAUUUGA